AUGGGCGACGCGGCGCGCCGGGCCUGGCUGGCGGCGCUGGCGGGAAGCUGCCCGCUGGGCAGCCUGGCCGCGCAGGGCGUGCCCCACGGCCUGGGCAAGGGCCAGCUCUGGGAGGCGCUAGCGGAGGCCGGGGUCCCCCUGCCGCGCGCCCUCUGGCUCGUGCGGGUCGUGUACCUGCAGCGCAGCAGCGUGCUGCGCUGGACGGAAGAUGGCGCGCAUCGCAUCAUGGACGCCGCUCUGGACUGCGGGGUGACAGGGCCCGCGGUGCGGGCGCUGGUGGACCUGCUGGGCCCUGUAGCGGAGGAGGGGGAGGGGCGCAUGCUGCGCGAGGCAGCGGCGGCCCUCCCGGCGGCCCGCCUCACGGUAGCCGUCUCGGCCUGGGUGGCAGGCGCCUGCCGCGCGGGACCCCCCGCCCCGGCCCUGGUGGACUGGGCGGCGCUGCUGGUCAGCCACGGCAGCUUCUGUCCGGCCUCUCACCUGGACGCCCUGCUGGCCACGGGCCGCCUGGAGGAGGGGGGCGGGCACCGCGCGUUCCUGGCGGAGCUCCCGCCUGCCCUCCUGCGUGCAGAGGACAGAGACGGAACCCUAGCGUCGCGCUAUCGCGCGCUGUGGACGCACCUGGCCGGCGCUGGGAGCGGGGAGGGGAAGGAGCCCUUACAUGCCAGCUCUGGCGAGCUGGACGCGUUCAUGGGAACCGCAGAGGAGCAGGAUCAGCUGGACGCUGAGGAAGCCGAGCUUGACGCCCUGCAGGCUGGUCUGCUCCCCUGGCUGGCCGUGCCAGCUUGGGGUGGGGAAGGCAAGAGUGCACACGUUUGUGACUGGGCAGCUGCUCUUGCGCGCCUGGCGUCCGCCAGACCCUGGCAGAAGCGGCGCGUCGCCGAGUGGCUAGGCCGCACCAUCGCAACAGGCCCCCUGCCAAUGGGCACGGAGGCUGACCACGCCGGCGAGCGUUGGCUGCUGGGCCUGCUGGGCGCGCUGCGCGCCGCCGACGGCGCGCGCGAGGCCGCGCAGCUGCUGCCGCGCCUCGCAGCGCCGCCGCUCCAGGCGCUGGCCCUGGCCCUGGCCGCCGCCGGCUCGCAAGCGCGGCGGCUGGGGGGGGCGGAGCUGCGCGGCCUGCACGACGCCGCGCGCGCCCCUCUCCUCUGCCUCCUCCUGGCGCUGCUGGGGGCGCUGCGGCCCGAGCUACAGGCCGAGGGUCUUGGCCCGCGCAUGCUGCGUAUGCUGACCGCCGGGCUGUGGCGCGUGCCCGGGUCCUCGCCAGACCGCCCCCGCCUGCAGGCCGAGGUCUGCGCCGGGCUCUUGACCCUGGCGCGCGAGCUGGUGGCCGGCGGCGGCGAGGACGCCGGGGUCCAGGCCUGGCUGGCGGAGGCCCGUUCCCGGCAGGGCUUGGGGCACUGGGUCCUCGGCUGCCUGACGGAUGCGGCGGCGGCGCAGGAGGGCGGCGGCGGUGCGGGGGGGUCACCCUCGCUGGAAGCGAUCCUGGGCGGCGAGCUGCGGGCGCGGUGCGAGGCGGACGUGCCGCACGGUGUCCGUGCGGCAGAGGAGAUAUUGAUUGCAGGGUCGGGCCUGACGGCGCUGCGCCCCGGCAUGUCGGCCGAUGCGGUGGCGGCGCUGAGCCCUGUGGCCGCGGCAGCGUGCCUGGGCGCCCCGGGCCUUGCCUCCGCUCUGGAGCGUGCCGUGGAUGGGGGCGCAGGUGUCGACCGGGCCGAGCUCCUGCUGGCCUUGCUGGGGGCCAUCGGAGCGGAUGCGAGAGGCGCGCUGCCCGAAGCCGAACCUGCCACCCUGCAGGCCAGGCUGCUGGAGCACCUGGCGCCAGCCAACAGCCCGCUGGUGACGCUCCUCCUUGACACGCUGGGCCUGCUGGGCGGUGGGGGUCGUGCGACCACGCUGGCCAGCUCCGCCCCGCCGCUCUUGCCCAGCCUGCUGCGGGCGCUGCGCUCGCGUCCCCCGCCCUCGGCCGUCGGCCUGGCCCUGCUCUGCCUGCAGCGCGGCGAGGGGCAGGGCGCGGGGCUGCUGGACGCGCUGCAGGCCGACCUCGUGGACGCCCGGGGUCAAACGGGGCGCGGCCAGGUGCUGGCCGCCCUGCUCUGCCUGUCCCGCACCGGCGCGCCGCGCCAGCGCGCCUUCGCCGAGGCGCUGCUGUCCGGGCUGGAAAGGGCGGCGGGCGAGGGCCGGGGCGCGGACGUGCUGACGGGCCGCGUCGGGCCCAUGCUGGAAGCGCUGCUGCCCCUGCUGCCGCUGGUUUACCAGGACCGCGCGCCAGAGGCCGCGAGGAACCUGCGCGCCCGCGCUCUGCGCGCCUGCUGCACCCUGGCCCCCGCGCUAGCCGCCGUCCCGGGGUCAAAUGCGCGGGGGCUGGGCCGGCGCACGAUGGCGGUCGCGCAGGCGCUGCUCAUGGGCGGCUGGGCGCCCUGGCUGCGAGGCGACGCCGAGAGGAAGCUGCGGGACGUCCAGCCAUACGAAGGCAGCCGGGCCCUGGCGGCAGACCUGCAGGCCAGGAACAUGCCCAAGCGCCUGAGGGCCUGCCUCCUGGCCAUGCUGCCCAUGCCCCCGCCCAGCGCAGGCCUCAUGGAGCUGCCGGGUUCAGAAAACGGGGCCCCUCUGCUUGUCGACCCCUGGACGCUGAUCGAUUCCGGGUGGAAAGCAGGGCCACGGACAGCAGCGCUGGAACCCUGGAGCGCGGCGGAGGCGCCGCCGCCAGCCCCGAACCCGCCUGCCUGGCUGGAAGGGUGCAUCCGCAGGGAGCGCGGCGUAAGAGAGUUGCAAUGA